UAACUACAAACUCCUUCACAUUUCAAGAAUCAAAUCCCACUUGGCCCUUUGCAUUUAUUUGGUUCAAGAGUUUGAAAUUUUGUCAUCAUUUUUUGCUGAUGAAAGCAAUGAUUUCCAUGCAAGAGUCAUUACUUUUGCUUAAUUCAUCUUGUUUUUGACAUGAGUAGUGUCUUUAUAGUACUUCUGUGUAGAAUUAGGCUUGUUCAAUCAUUCUCAGUUGUUUUUCUGUACUGGUUUUAUGUUUUUUCUUGAUCCCUUUUCAGUACUCAUAUCUUUUUAUCAUUAAUCUGCAACAAAAGAAGGAAAAACAAAACAAUCUCCAGAGCCAGAAACUGAAGAGAAAUGUCAUCAAGAAAGCUUAAAUGCAACUCAAGUUCUUCGGAAGAUGACGAAAACCGGUAUGCAAAGAUCACAGAUGAGAAGAAGAGGAAGAGGAUGAUAUCCAACCGAGAAUCAGCACGGCGGUCGAGGUUGAAGAAGGAGCAGCACAUUAAGGAUUUGAAUGAUCAAGUCACAUAUUUCAGGACCAGAAGCAGUGAAACGGUCCAGAAGAUCAACGAGAUCGAAAGACGGUACAUGGCCGUUGAAUCAGAGAACAGGAUCCUCAGAAUGCAAGCUGAGGAGCUGAAAAAGAGGCUGGAAUUGAUGGAAGAAGUGCUGGUUUCUUAUCGGAGUUCUGGCAGUCAUGAUGUGUUUGAUGAAAUGGGAAGCAGUGAUGAAUUUUCUGUAAUGGAAUAUUUGCAAGAUCCUUUGCUAAAACCAUGGCUGCAGCCUACUUUUCAGUCUCAGACUGUUGAUGGGAUUUACCAGUUUUGAAGAAUGUUCAGUGUGUUGUGUGUGUGUGUGGAUAUGCAUGCAUGUCCAUGGCAGAUUAAGUGCAUGUCGUUGCACUUGAUUGUAUAUAUUGUAAAUGUUAAGUUUCUUUUUAUUCAGUCCUGUUUAAGGUUAGAAAUCCUUUGUUUCCACUCAUUUGGAGGAUGCAUUAAGGGCCAUACACUUGGAAACAUGUUUGUUUUUCUCUAUAGUCAUGGAGGUUUUCUAUCCAA